CAUUAGCAGUCGCCGUGUGCGGCUCGGCGCGGGCUCACAAAGAGCUGCGGCGGCGCCCGGCGCUUGGCCUCGCCGAAGGAGCCGCGCAACCCGCGCCGGAGCCAGAUACUCAGGAGUCUUUCUUUAUGAUAAGUUUCCGGAAGCAGAGUUGCUGGGCGAAACUUAAGGCUUUGGAUUGAGCUCCAGACACUUCUUCUGAAUAUUUAAACAUUGCUGCCUCCCGUGGGAGCGAACCACCUCUGAGUCCCGGAGUGUCCUGCGGACCCAGUGAGAGGCGUCUUGUGCCUGGAGAUUCCCGUGGCUGCCUGCAGGUGAUGAUGGCCGCCUGAGCAUCUGCCAUGGCCCACCGGAACCGCCAGAGCACUGCCAACAGCAUGCUUGACCACAGGGCCAGGCCAGGCCCCGUCCACCAUGGCCAGGAGCCCGAGAGUGAGGAUGCGGAGCUGCCCUUGGAGGGCUAUGGGCCCUCGGGCCUAGAGCUGGCCACCCUGAGGCCCGAGAGCCCCACGCCCGAGCAGCAGGAAUGCCACAACCACAGCCCUGACGGGGACUCCAGCUCUGACUAUGUGAACAACACCUCCGAGGAGGAGGACUAUGACGAGGGCCUCCCCGAAGAAGAGGAGGGCAUCACCUACUACAUCCGCUACUGUCCAGAGGAUGACAGCUACCUGGAGGGCAUGGACUGCAACGGGGAGGAGUACAUGGCCCACGCCCACGGCACGCACCCCGUGGACACUGACGAGUGCCAGGAGGCUGUGGAGGAGUGGACAGACUCGGCAGGCUUGCACCCCCACGGCCAUGGGGCUGAAGGCAGCCAAGACUACCCUGACGGCCACGUGCCCAUCCCGGAGGACGAGCCUUCCAUCCUGGAGGUCCAGGACCCGGAAGAAGGUGGCCACUACUGCUCCAGCAAAGAGGGCUACCAGGACUACUACCCCUCAGAGGCCAAUGGGAACGCGGGCAGUGCCUCCCCCUACCACCCAAGGCAUGGGGACGGGGACCUGGAGGACCAAGAGGAGGACAUCGACCAGAUCGUAGCCGAGAUCAAGAUGAGCUUGAGCAUGACCAGUAUCACCAGCGCCAGUGAGGCCAGCCCCGAGCACAUGCCCGACCUGGGGCCCGGGGACUCCACAGAGGCCUGCACCACCAGCGAGGCCAGCCGGGGGCCCAGCCUGCACGAGGCCAGGCCCAAGUCGCUGAACCUCCUUCCCGAGGCCAAGCACCCCGGAGACCCCCAGAGAGGCUUCAAGGCCAAGAUCAGGACGCCAGAAGAGAGACCAAAGUGGGCCCAGGAGCAGGUUUGCAAUGGCUUGGAGCAGCCCAGGAAGCAGCAGCGUUCAGAUCUUAAUGGACCCAUUGACAAUAACAACAUCUCCGAGACAAAGAAGGUGGCAUCAUUUCCAAGUUUUGUGGCUGUUCCAGGGCCCUGUGAGCCAGAAGACCUCAUCGAUGGGAUCAUCUUUGCUGCCAACUACCUGGGGUCCACCCAGCUGCUCUCUGAACGCAACCCCUCCAAAAACAUCCGCAUGAUGCAGGCACAGGAGGCCGUCAGCAGGGUCAAGAGGAUGCAAAAGGCUGCUAAAAUCAAGAAAAAAGCGAACUCCGAGGGGGACACCCAGACCCUGACAGAAGUGGACCUCUUCAUCUCCACGCAGAGGAUCAAAGUUUUAAAUGCAGACACACAGGAAACCAUGAUGGACCACGCCUUGCGUACCAUUUCUUACAUCGCGGAUAUCGGGAACAUCGUGGUGCUGAUGGCCAGACGCCGCAUGCCCCGGUCGGCCUCCCAAGACUGCAUCGAGACCACACCCGGGGCCCAGGAGGGGAAGAAGCAGUACAAGAUGAUCUGCCAUGUGUUCGAGUCGGAGGACGCCCAGCUCAUCGCCCAGUCCAUCGGGCAGGCCUUCAGUGUGGCCUACCAGGAGUUUCUGAGGGCCAACGGCAUCAACCCCGAAGACCUGAGCCAGAAGGAGUACAGCGACAUCAUCAACACCCAGGAGAUGUACAACGACGACCUCAUCCACUUCUCCAACUCGGAGAACUGCAAGGAGCUGCAGCUGGAGAAGCACAAGGGUGAGAUUCUGGGCGUGGUGGUCGUGGAGUCCGGCUGGGGCUCCAUCCUGCCCACCGUGAUUCUGGCAAACAUGAUGAACGGUGGGCCAGCAGCCCGCUCGGGGAAGCUGAGCAUCGGGGACCAGAUCAUGUCCAUCAACGGCACCAGCCUCGUGGGGCUGCCCCUGGCCACCUGCCAGGGUGUCAUCAAGGGCCUGAAGAACCAGACUCAGGUGAAGCUCAACAUCGUCAGCUGUCCCCCUGUCACCACAGUCCUCAUCAAGCGACCCGACCUCAAGUACCAGCUGGGCUUCAGUGUGCAGAACGGAAUCAUCUGCAGCCUCAUGAGAGGGGGCAUUGCUGAGCGGGGCGGCGUCCGUGUUGGCCAUCGCAUCAUCGAGAUCAACGGACAGAGUGUGGUGGCUACGGCUCACGAGAAGAUCGUCCAGGCUCUGUCCAACUCGGUCGGAGAGAUUCACAUGAAGACCAUGCCUGCCGCCAUGUUCAGGCUCCUCACGGGCCAGGAGACCCCGCUGUACAUCUAGGCCCACCCAGCCUCUGCCACGGAGCCAGGGACGCGAGGCAGGCCUGCCUGCCCAGAGCUGGAUGCCAGGACAGAGCCCCAAUCCCUGACCCACAGCCCAGCCAAGGACACUGGCUCCCCAAAGGACAUGCCCUCGCCACCCAUUUGGGGUUUUUUUUUUGUUUUUUGUUGGGGGGGGACUGCCAAAAAAGGGGUACGUCUUUAUCAACGGAGAGUCGCAGGAACAAAGCUUUGUAGAACAUGGAAGUAUUUUGCCACCUUCGGAACUUUUCUCAUUCACUGUGACUGACAAAGGGCGUUCGUGGGUCCCUGUGUGGUGUAGCGUGUGUCGCUCCUCCCCGAAGCUGCAGAGUGUGAGCGUGGGUGCCCACUCGUGCGGCCGUGAAGGGAGCACUGGGGACACAGCUGCAGGCGGUGGCAGUGGGUAGUGCCCUUCCACCCCCAUGGGUGGGACACCUGGAGUUCUGCGGUCCCCAAAGGACCCCCACAGCUGACUGACUCUGCCACUGCUUCCCCAGGAGCGCAGGCAAGUCCAGCUCCCAGGCUGUGACUUGUGUGUGGGCACAUGUGACUGAUUGUAUUUUCCUAGAAAGGAGAUGUUCCUGAGUUAAAUAAAGGUUCAUGGUCACAACAGCAAAACUCCAUAUUUAUUUAGAGAAUAUUACCACUCGGACUUUUAUUUUGGCAAGCUGUUCUUCAGAUCUUCUGGGUUUUCCAGUGACCAGUGACCAACACCUGCUUCUCCUGUCCCCACCUGUUCUCUGCAUCACCUGAGUCUCUGUGAGCUUUCUUGGCACCUGCCCUCCCCACUGCUGCUGCACCGCAGGGCUCCCCGCUGGGUGGGACAUGUUGCCGCUGCUGCCAGGAUGUGGACAGUGGCAUGGGCAUCUCUCCCUCUCUGAAGUCUGCACACACACACACACACACACACACAUGGCCUAAAAACUUGACCUCUGCCCUUUCUGAGGCCACCAGCUGUAAGCGCAAACUCCUUGGCAAGCCAGGUGCCCCUGCGAUGAGCAGUGUAGCGUGUGUGUGGAUCAUGGGACACAUCGUCUGGUUCAGUUCAUCAGAGAUCAAUGUUAACUGACAUCCUUUCGUCUGGAAGUCUCUUUUUUUGGCCCAGGCCUUGAAGAAUACACUGUGACUUAAGAAGCCUUACCACGCAGUAACUAAAGCUUUAGGAUUACUGUACUCGAGGAGUAACCUGUGUGUUGCAUGCUGCUGACCUUAGGACGACUUUGUGCAUAUCCACUAAUAAACCUGAAGUCAUGGAGAAACAA